UGUGCCACGGGAGGGGGAACAGGAGCACCGGAGCUCACCCCUAUGGAUGAAAGGCUGGCCGGUAUAAUCGGCGAGUCCCUGCUGAGUGGAGUGGUGACGGAGGCAGAUGGGGACACUGAUGUUAAGGUUGCACCGACUGAACUAGGAGGACCUCGCGAGGAACCUCGUGCCUCGAGCCCCGCUGCCUCCACGGGCACGGCACCUCCUGCCUCCACGGGCACGGCAUCUCGUGCCUCGAGCCCCGCUGCCUCCACGGGCACGGCACCUCGUGCCUCGAGCCCCGCUGCCUCCACGGGCACGGCACCUCCUGCCUCCACGGGCACGGCACCUCGAGCCCCGGGCCCGGCGUCGCCACAGCACCUCCUGCGCAGCCCUCCAGCAGCGGCCGUGUCCUCACAGAUGCAGUCCUGCAGAAUCAGAGGGACACACUUGCUUUUUACGCAUCACAUCCAGACGCUGUUGAACUCCACCUGGGUGUGGGUGUGGAUGUGCAUGGGGAAGGGGGUCUGGCUCGUGGCCGGUACAUGCAGCCUCAGGGGGUAA